AUGGCGGAUGGCGAGAUGCCCGUGUUUGACCCGUCAAAGUCGACGACCAUUGACGAAGUUGAUUUAGAAAAGAAGCACGCAACGGAAGCACAGCUCAACAAUGUGCAGUCUCCGACUUCGCCAACCAUUCCUCAUACACCAUUUCCUUUCCAACGCCGAACCUCGCUCGAGAUUGAUGACUACUUUACCGGCCCACGAGAUACCUCAAAGCAUUCAAAAUGGCCCCUUUUCCUCCAGAUGCACGGCAGCAUCUUGCCCAAGAUGAUCUUGCCGCUGAUGUUUGUCGCCGCUUGGUCAACCGCCAUCACCAUCAUCAGCAUGAAGGUGCAUUUCCUUGGGGUGGAAUCAGUUCUCUUGACAAUCACUGGUUUCGUUGUCGGUCUCGGUCUAUCUUUCCGAAACGCAACCGCCUAUGAACGUUACGCUGAAGGCCGCAAAUACUGGGCCGCCCUAGUUUUGGCCUCGCAAGUUCUAGGUCGUGUAUUUUGGAUUCAUGGAUCUGAUCGCCCUGGCGUCGACGGCCGAGAGUCAGUUUUGAAGAAGCUGAGCUCCAUGAACCUGCUUGUUGCCUUUGCUGUUGCACUCAAGCACUCUCUGCGCUUCGAGCCGUACACUGCAUAUCCUGAUUUGCAAAAUCUUGUCGGACAUUUGACCACGUUCGCCAAGGAGGCCACAAAUGAGGACGCGUCCUCUGUCACUGUCCCGAAAAAGAACUUUUUCAAGGGCGUGGGCGAAUAUCUUGGCGUUUCGUUUGCCGCCAGCAACCCUCGAAAAACGCUGAAGAAGGCGACGCGCCCACUUGGCAACCUACCACUCGAAAUUCUGAAUCACAUCGCUGUCACAAUUGACCACAUGGUCAGGAAUGAGCAGCUCAAGGUGCCUAUGCAGCAGACCUUGGCCUACAACAACCUGAGCAUUCUAAACGACGUCAUGACAGGGUGUGAGCGAGUGCUCAAUACUCCUCUGCCAAUCGCAUAUACCAUUGCCAUUAGUCAAAUCACUUGGCUUUACGUGGUUCUCUUGCCCUUCCAACUGGUCAAAUCUGUGGGCUGGGUUACCAUCCCCGCCACUGUCGCCGCGUCGUACAUAAUUCUGGGACUGCUGUUCAUUGGUCGGGAGAUUGAGAAUCCCUUUGGACAAGAUGUGAACGAUUUGCCGCUGGACGGCUUCUGCGAGCAGAUCGCCGCCGAGUUGGAUAUUAUCGCCUCUUACGACAUGCAGAAUCCGUAUGGUUUCUUUAUGAGCUCGGAGAAUAUGCCCCUUUACCCAGUCAGCACCGCAUCCGCCGGUGCCUGGAUGCAUCGAAGCGAGGACAAGCUCCGAGAAGCCAUCAAAAUGAAGCCCGUAACCACAUUUGAAUGGCGAAGAACCCGAUCCGGCCAUCAUGAGGGAUCAAGCACAACGGCGGGCGACCAUAAUGUGUAG